AUGCCAUUACUGCAAUCGAGGCUCAUAGGCUGCGCUGCUGCUCGGCGCGCCUUGUCCAAUCCAUCACUCCACAACUCAAUUCGGCGUCCGAUCAUCGCCCAAACAGCAAUUGCAACUCUCUCUCGACGAUGCUACGCCAUUGAUCUCACUUCAAUCGACGACAAAUGGCGCGCGAAAUGGAAGAAGUCUAACGGGACUGUGAAACCAUUCGACAAGCUUGCCGAUAACAAAGACAAUUACUAUGUGCUACCCAUGUUCCCAUACCCAUCAGGGACUCUACAUCUUGGCCAUCUGCGAGUGUACUCCAUUGCCGAUGUGGUUGCUCGGUACCGGUCACUGAAAGGCGACAAGGUCAUGCUACCCAUGGGGUGGGAUGCCUUUGGUCUGCCCGCGGAAAACGCUGCGAUCGAACGAAACGUUGCGCCUGAAAAGUGGACGAUGAGCAAUAUGGCCAAAAUGAAGGAGCAGCUUGAGCUCAUGAAUGGAAGCUGGGACUGGAGUCGUGAGUUGUCCACUUGCGAUCCCAGUUUUUAUAAACACACUCAGAAGCUCUUCCUCAUGCUUCACGAACGAGGCCUCGCGUACCAGGCCGAAGCCGAGGUCAAUUGGGAUCCAGUUGACAAGACGGUCCUGGCAAACGAGCAAGUAGACUCGAACGGCUGCUCUUGGAGGUCAGGGGUCAAGGUUGAGAAACGAAACCUCAAGCAAUGGUUCUUCCGCAUUUCUGAAUUCCGCGAGGCCCUCCUUGAGGAACUCGAGGCGCUUGCAAAGGAGAAUGCAUGGCCAGAGCGAGUUCUGGCUCAGCAGAAGAACUGGCUGGGAAAAUCAACUGGCGCUUCCAUCAAAUUCCCUGUCUUGGCCAUGGGCCAUGACAUUCGGGCUGCGAUCGAAGUGUUCACCACUCGACCCGACACCCUCUUCGGCGUUCAGUAUGUGGCUCUUGCGGCCAGUCACCCCACUGUAGCCAAGCUCGCAGAUUCAGACCCUGAGUUACAAGCCUUCAUUGAUACCAUCCCUGGUCUACCUGCAGACUCAAAGGUUGGUUAUUUGUUGCCGCACCUCCGGGCUAUCAACCCGCUCGCCUACCACGAAGAAACACCCGAUGCCACUAAAGUCUCACUGCCUGUAUACGUUGCGCCGUACGUUCUAGGCGACUAUGGCGAGGGCGCUGUUAUGGGUGUUCCUGGCCACGACCUGAGAGAUAAUGCAUUCUGGAAGGAGCAUCACUAUGACGCGCCCGUUCGACAAGUCCUAUCCGCAUCUGAGGAUGAUUCGACGACAGCUAUGGAAAACGAACCCUUUGUCGAACAUGGAGUCAUGACAGAACAUAGUGGUUCCUUCAAGGGCAAGCAUUCAGUUGCCGCCGGGGAGGAGAUCGUCAAGUUACUUGAGAAGGUAGAACUUGCCGAAUCGGUUGAGAAAUGGCGUCUAAGAGACUGGCUGAUCAGCCGACAACGAUAUUGGGGCACCCCAAUCCCCAUCAUUCACUGUGAUACAUGCGGUCCGGUACCUGUACCAGACGAACAGCUUCCCGUAAAGCUUCCGAAUGUGGACUGGGCAGAGACACGCAGUGGUAGUCCCCUGGAGUCGUCGUCUGAGUUUGUCAACACAACUUGUCCCAAGUGUAAUAGCGCUGCUCGAAGAGACACUGAUACCAUGGAUACUUUUGUCGACUCAAGCUGGUACUAUGCGCGCUUUUCUGAUCCGCAUAACCAAGAUCAACCAUUCUCUCCCGAAGCUGGCAAGACUCUUCCCGUCGAUACCUACAUCGGUGGCAUCGAGCACGCUAUUCUUCAUCUGCUCUAUGCACGCUUCAUCUUCAAGUUCUUGGCUUCAACAGAAUUACUUCCUCAAUAUACCGAAGAAACCUAUAAAUCUGCGGAACCAUUCAAACGUCUUAUCACGCAGGGCAUGGUUCACGGCAAGACAUACAUUGACCCUGACAGCGGCCGCUUUCUUAAGCCUGAUGAGGUUGACCUGACGGAUCCCAACAAACCUAAAGUGGUAGCUUCUGGAAAGUCAGCCAAUAUCGCUUACGAGAAGAUGUCCAAGUCGAAGUACAACGGGGUUGAUCCGUCGGAAUUCAUCUCCAAGUACGGCGCUGACGCGACCCGCGCACACAUGCUCUUCCAGGCUCCGGUUGGCGAUAUCCUCAACUGGGACGAGGGCAAGAUCACUGGCGUCACACGCUGGCUUCAAAGGCUAUACGAUCAGAUCACAGCCAUUGCUGUAGAGCCCUAUAAGAAAACAAUGCCUGCUCGAGACUACCUUGCUGCUAAGCAUGAGAGCCUCGGAUCGGCGUCUGCAAAAGAACUUGCACAGUGGGAUACUGAAGCAGCUAUUUGGCGCGAUGUCCAACGUACCAUUGCUUCUGUUACAGCAUCUUAUGACGAAGUUUACUCACUCAACACAGUAGUGUCAGACCUCAUGAUCCUCACCAAUACCCUCGCCGACAACAUUAAAGCUAGUCCAGUUGUCAAGCGCGAGGCUGCCCAGACUCUCAUUUCCAUGAUGGCACCUAUCACUCCCGCGUUUGCUGAAGAGUGCUGGGCUCUUCUACACCCUUCCUCACCUUCUAUAUUCGAGUCUACCAAUUUCCCUAAAGUAGAUACCUCCUUGACCGAACUCGUCCGACCUCGGGUACAGCCAUGUGCAGUGCAGAUCAAUGGCAGGGUACGCGGCGUCGUGAGCAUCCCGCCUCCUCCUGCUGAACUAGCGGGCGAUGAAUUGCGUGACUGGAUGGUGAAGGAAAUCCUUCAGACCGAGGAGGGCGCAGCGCGCUUCUCCGGGGGCCAGUAUGAUCUGCGUGCAGCCAAGAGGGCUAUCGCCGUGAAGGGAGGAAAGACGAUCAACUUUGUAUUAAAAUAG